AUGCUAGCUUCGGCAUCAUGGGACAAGACAGUUAAGGUCUGGGAUGCAUACAGCGGGGCAUGCCUGAAGACUCUUGAGGACAACAGUAGCAUCAAAUCAUUGGCAUUCUCGCCCGAUGAGCUCUAUAUUCAGAUCAACGAGAGCAACUUCUAUCUCUAUAUUCAGAGCUAUGGGAGCGAUUUUUAUCUCGAUGACUUGAUCGAUCUCACCACGAGUGACACCAAUCUCGACCACGCACACAAUGUCAGAGAAUUCGCCGGUCUCAAUCAGGGCUGGAUCACGCAUAACGGAGAGAAAAUUGCCUGCAUUCAUCCAGAAUUCCGCCCUAUACGUUCAGCUAUAAAACAUAACAAGAUAGCAGUAUACUCAAAGUAUGGACGAGCGUGGGUGCAGCAUCUCCGAAUUUACGAUACUGUGAAGUUGAAUACCGAGCGACGUAGCGAUAUGGAUAUCCUGCGACUGGCUUUCGAGAGCCUUCGUGCACAAGAUGAUGGUUGGCCGAUAGCCAUCCAAGUCGUCGGCAUCUUCGUCCGAGCCUUCUUCUAA